GUUGGACACUGCGGACUCUGAGCAAUGGCCGCGUCUGGGGACCCUGGGAGGCAGUGGCAGGAGGAGGUGGCGGAGGCGGCGGUGGUGGUGGUGGGCUCCUGCAUGACCGACCUGGUCAGCCUUACUUCUCGUCUGCCAAAAACUGGAGAAACCAUCCAUGGACAUAAGUUUUUUAUUGGCUUUGGAGGGAAAGGUGCCAACCAGUGUGUCCAAGCUGCUAGGCUCGGAGCAAAGACAUCCAUGGUAUGCAAGGUUGGCAAAGAUUCCUUUGGCAAUGAUUAUAUAGAAAACUUAAAACAGAAUGAUAUUUCUACAGAAUUUACAUAUCAGACUAAAGAUGCUGCGACAGGAGCUGCUUCUAUCAUUGUCGAUAAUGAAGGCCAGAAUAUCAUCGUUAUAGUAGCUGGAGCAAAUUUACUUUUGAAUACAGAAGACCUGAGGGAAGCAGCCAGUGCCAUUAGCAGAGCCAAAGUAAUGAUCUGCCAGCUAGAAGUAACUCCUGCAACUUCUUUGGAAGCCCUGAGAAUAGCCCACAGCAAUGGAGUGAAAACAUUGUUCAAUCCAGCGCCUGCCAUUGCUGACCUGGACCCUGAAUUCUACACCCUCUCAGAUGUGUUCUGCUGCAAUGAAAGUGAGGCUGAGAUUCUGACCGGCCUUGAGGUCGGCAGCCCCACAGAAGCUGGGAAGGCUGCGUUGGUGCUCCUGGAAAGGGGCUGCCAGGUCGUAAUCAUCACCUUAGGUGCUGAAGGAUGUGUGAUGCUGUCACAGACAGAACCUGUCCCAAAGCACAUUCCCACGGAGAAAGUCAAGGCUGUGGAUACUACGGGUGCUGGUGACAGUUUUGUGGGAGCUUUGGCCUUCUACCUGGCUUACUACUCAAAUCUAUCCUUGGAAGAAAUGCUCAAGAGAUCUAAUUUCAUCGCAGCGACUCCACAAAAUUCUUUUUAAAGUAAAGACUCAUGAGAAUACAGAGGGUGGAAAUGAGGACAUCGAUGGACAAGAUUGAGUUCAGUAAUUUGGGCUGGAAAGGACUUCCCUGCUGGUCCAAUGGCUAGGACUCUGCUCUUCCAGUGCAGGGGGGCUCAGGUUUGAUCCCUGGUCAGGGAAUUAGAUCCCAUAUGCCCUAACUAAAGAUCUUGCAGCCGAAAUGAAGAUAGAAUAUCCUGUGUGCCACGUGACAGCCAAAUAAAUAAAUAUUUUUUAGAAGAAAAAAAGUGGCUGGGAGAACGGUAACAGAGUCGCCAGAAUAGAGGAAACUAAGACUUAAAGGACCUGGAGAGGAACUGAUGGUGAUGAGUGAGCAGACUCUCCCCACAGAGGCCAGAGAGGCAGGGGUCUUAGAGGCAGCAGGUUCUGCAAGAAGCAAGUUUGAAUCAUGGGAUUAGACUCUAGGGAACUGGCUAGAAGAGAUCUAUGAAGAAAUUACAACUCUAGAUACCCUUCCAUCACACGGUCAGGAACCAUGCCCCUACCAGAGAGUGGAGGUUUCUCUAGAGAAAUUGAAUCAGAGCAUCCCCAAAUUCCGGGAUUCCAGCAAGAAAAAGGGCAGAUGUCUGAUUAAGUGUCAGUUCACAUGAUAAUAGUAGGGCCCUCCACCAGACUCCUUCCCAGAAAGGAACUUUCAGGCAUAUGUCCCCGGGGAUAGAAGAUUCACUGGAAAAAAAUUUACCUGCCCCCGAGAGAAAUCCUCAAAGUGUUGGCUUUUCAUGGUUUCCCAAUGAAAUGGCCUGAGGAUGAAGCCCACCAGUCAAAUCCUUGCCCACACACACAGCUGUCAAUCACACUGAUGCUCACUGUUACAUAGGAAUGGACAGCCUGAAAUCACCAGAAAUCUACACAAAGUAUCCCACAUGAAAGUGAAAGAGACUAAAGCAAACAAACAUUAAAAUAAAACAGGAACUCAGAAGAAAUAGAGAUAAUUUAAGAAAAUGAUUUUUGAAUUUUAGAAGUUUAUGUAUAUAUUUAGUCACCUCAGAGAGCUAAAAGAAGAUACACAUCCAUGAAAAAGAAUUGUUGAGUUGUUCAGUUGUGGCCAACUCUUUUGCGACCCCAUGAACUGUAGCCUGCCAGGCUCCUCUGUCCAUGGGAUUUUCCAGGCAAAAAUAUUGGAAUCAGUUGCCAUUUCCUCCUCCAGGGGAUCUUCCCCUCCAAGGGAUCAAACCCAAGUCUCCAGGUCUCCUGCACUGCAGACAAAUCCUUUAACACUGAGCCACUGGGGAAGCCAUGGUGUAAAAAAAGGAAUAAUCAGAGAAUGAGCAAGAGCAAUUAGGAAUUUUAAACAGAUAGCUAAAACUAAAAAUUAAACAAAAGAGUAGGAAAAUAAACUUGAAGAUAUCUCCUAGAAAGUAGAAUAGAAAGACAGAUGAAAAUGAGGAGAGAAAGAGUAUUAGAGGAUUAUUCAAGUUCUGACAUCUGUAUGCAGUUUCAGGAAAGAGAAAGCAAAGAAUAGUAAGUUAUUUUAAAAAUAAUAACAAUGUAAGAAAAUUUCCCAUUAGUGAAAGAGAUAGACAUCCAAAUUGAAAACACCCACUGAAUGUCCAGUAGAAUAUAGGGAAAAUACCAAGGCAAUAACUUGAAUUUCAGAAUGCCCAGAUAAAAGAAAGAAAUCAUAACGUCUAGAGAGAAAAAUCAGAUUGUAUGUGAAGGAGUAAAAAGCUGGGGCGUCAGAUACCUCAACAGUGGUACAAGAUACUGGAGGAUAGUAGUGUUGGGAACCCAAAGUUCUGAGUGAAAACUAUUUUAAUCCCAGAAUUCUAUACUUAUCCAAAUAAAGGCUAUGUGUAAGUGUGGAACAAGGAUAUUUUCAGAUAUGUAAGAACUCAAAAAUUUUACCUCCCACAUACCUUUUCUUAGGAAGAUAGUGAAGGGUGUGAUUCAGUGAAAUGCAAGACUAAGCCAAGAAGGAGGAACAAAGAAAUUCCAGAAAACAGAAGAACAAUUCAAAGGAGAAGACUGAUAAAAGGAAGUCCUAAGAUGACACCUGAGCCCCGGGUAGAGAAAAACCCAUUCAAACUGAAGCAGGAAAACAGAGGAUUUGAGGGGUGGGGCAGUGGAGAGAGAACAGUGAUAGAUUAUUUGAUACAUUUAUUUAUUUGAGGGGAAAAACAUUGUUAGAUAUUUAACAGAUACAUAAAGAACAUUUUUUCAUACUGUUCAUGGGGUUCUCAAGGCAAGAAUACUGAAGUGGUUUGCCAUUCCCUUCUCCAGUGGACAGUAUGAAAAGGCAAAAAGAUAGGACACUGAGAGAUGAACUCCCCAGGUCGGUAGGUGCCCAAUAUGCUACUGGAGAUCAGUGGAGAAUUAACUCCAGAAAGAAUGAAGAGAUGGAGCCAAAGCAAAAACAACACCCCGUUGUAGAUGUCACGGGUGAUGGAAGUAAAGUCUGAUGCUGUAAAGAGCAAUAUUACAUAGGAACCUGGAAUGUUAGGUACAUGAAUCAAGGCAAAUUGGAAGUGGUCAAACAGGAGAUGGCAAGAGUGAACAUCGACAUUUUAGGAAUCAGUGAACUAAAAUGGACUGGAAUGGGCGAAUUUAACUCAGAUGACCAUUAUAUCUACUACUGUCAGCAAGAAUCCCUUAGAAGAAAUGGAGUAGCCCUCAUAGUCAACAAAAGAGUCUGAAAUGCAGUACUUGGGUGCAAUCUCAAAAACGACAGAAUGAUCCCUGUUCACUUCCAAGGCAAACCAUUCAAUAUCACAGUAAACCAAGUCUAUGCCCUGACCAGUAAUGCUGAAGAAGCUGAAGUUGAAUGGUUCUAUGAAGACCUACAAGACCUUCUAGAACUAACACCCAAAAAAGAUGUCCUUUUCAUUAUAGGGGACUGGAAUGCAAAAGUAGGAAGUCAAGAAAUACCUGGAGCAACAGGCAAACUUGGCCUUGGAGUACAGAAUGAAGCAGAGCAAAGGUUAAUAGAGUUUUGUCAAGAGAACACAUUGGUCACAGCAAACACCCUCUUCCAGCAACACAAGAGAAGACUCUACACAUGGGCAUCACCUCAGUACUGAAUCAGACUGAUUAUAUUCUUUGCAGCCAAAGAUAGAGAAGCCCUAUACAGUCAGCAAAAACAAGACUGGCAGCUGACUGUGGCUCAGAUCAUGAACUCCUUAUUGCCAAAUUCAGACUUAAAUUGAAGAAAGUAGGGA